AAGAAAUGUGGGAAAAAUGAUAAGAAAAUGCAACUGAGAUUCAAGUGAAUGCAUUUUGGAUGCAAAACUAGUCUGUUGCAUUACUUGCAACAGGUAGUGCAUAGGUGUUACCUGUGAGUGAUAUUAUCAUUAACCAAUAGGAAGUGUUUAUUUUCCCUGUAUUUAUAGGUAUCAAAUGUGUAUAAUAGACAAGAAGUAUUAGGCAAAUACAUAAAAUCAAUCAUUUUCGCAAGAAUGAAAGAAGUAAUAAUUGAAAUGAGACCUCUGAAACCGGAUGCUGGAGAAGAUUCUAUGGAGACUGAUCCUUGUCUACGAAAUGAAAAUGUUGGGAGUGUUUUUGAUGAGACAAAGGUCAAGAAGAAAGGUGGAGGUUUUGGUACAAGACACCUUCAAGUGUUGAUGAUCUCUUUGAUUGUGAUCAAUGUAUUCGCAACUAGAGUGAAUCUUUCAGUCGGUAUAGUGGCAAUGACUGAUAAUACAUCAAAUCCAAAAUUUCCGGAUCUAAACUGGGACACCAGAACGAAGGGCUUCGUGUUGAGCUCGUUUUUUUGGGGCUACCUGCUGACCCAGAUCCCGGCAGGCCACCUGGCGGGCAAGUAUGGGCCCAAAUUCAUUGUGGGGGGCGCCGUGCUUACUUGUGGAGUGCUCACCCUGCUAACUCCGCUGGUUGCCACCAGAGUGGGCUGGAAGGCGCUUUGUGUGCUCAGGUUUCUGGAGGGGCUUUGGACACAACUAGGCACAGUGGUAACCCUGUGUGGAGCAGGCCUACUAGCGGAUAGCAUAGGUUGGCCGUCCAUAUUCUAUGUGACAGGAGCUGCAGCAGUCAGCUGCGCGCUGCUAUGGCUGAAGGCUGGAUCUGACAGUCCGGCUGAACACAGCUCCAUAUCAGCCCAGGAGAAGCACUACAUCGAAUCUUCACUUGUGCACAGUUCUUCCAGCAGCAAGUCAAUGAGAGUACCAUGGAAGGCGAUAGCUACUUCUGGGCCAGUCUGGGCCUUACUGAUCACACAUCUGGCCCAGAACUGGGGCUUCUGGACACUCCUCACACUCAUGCCAACCUACAUCAACUCGGUACUUGGAUUCAAUAUCAAAAGUAAUGGGAGUUUAUCCGCUCUACCCUACCUUGGCAAUUUCAUUCUCACCCUCAGCUUCUCCUGGUUGGCUGAUAUUCUAUACAAAAAGGGUAUCAUGUCAAUUAGUACUGGUAGAAAGAUGUGGAAUAGUAUUGGUCUGUGGGGCGCAUCUUCAGCAUUGCUGGCCCUGGGUCUGUUCGACCACUCAGUGACCAGUGCUGUCACCCUCCUCAUCCUGGCGGUGGCCCUCAACAGUGGCACUUUCAUCGGCUUCCUCGUUAAUCACGUCGAUUUGGCGCCCAACUUCGCCGGUGUCCUCAUGGGAAUCACCAAUGGCUUCUCCAAUGUCGCCUCCAUUCUGGGACCAAUCAUCGCUGGCAUCAUACUUACUGAUGAGACUAAUGCCGAAGAAUGGAAACUGAUUUUCUAUCUGUCAUCUGGAAUAUAUUUCUUUGGAAAUCUUGUUUUUGUCAUUUUUGGAACUGCUCAAGUACAAACAUGGAAUGAUCCUGAGUCUGAAUCCACGAAAUAAUAUGAUGUAAUUGAAUGAUAUCAGGUCAUCUGAAUGUUUAUGACACAGGUUCAAAAAUAUAAAACUUUCUAGAAAAGUCCAUAUUCGAUUUGCUCUCCAACUGUCAACUUGGAUACGAAAUUGAUGUCUUCAGCAAUCGUCUUGCACUUGAGAGCCAAACCUUGGAUGUGACCAUCCUCGUCUGGAGGGUCGUAGUUGUAGAUCACCUGAAAUUCAAAUUCAAAAUAAUAUUAUUUCCAGAAAGUGUAUAUUACAAUGGGAAUAUCCUAUAUUAUAAUAGUCCUCUGAAUAUUAAUCCUUGAAUACGGAACAAGUUCUUGUUCAGAAGAGGAGUCAAUACAAACAAUAUAGUCCUUGAAAAGAAGAAGAUGACCUUUUUUAGCUGUAUUUGACAAAUAAAGAGUAGGUCUAAGCCUGGAACAAAACAAUCAUAAUUAAGUUUUCUCUGGUCCAUGUAAUUAUUUCCAAACUUUGAAUAAAAUGAGUUGACAUUUAAGUAUCGGCUUUCCAGAUUGUGUGGAAUUGCUCCUUCCUCAAAUUCAUGAUUAAAGAUCCGUAUAAUAUGCAGAGCUCUAUUAUUUAUUUCAUUCAAGUACAAGCACAAAUCAUAUGCAAUGAUUAGGAGAGGAAAACAGGUUUAGCCCAAAAUAGUUAUUUCCCUUAUAUUAGUUAAUAAACGUAUCCAAAUAUGCUACCUUUUUUUCUGCAACUCUUAAUUCGGUUUAGAAUAUGCUACUCAAAAUAAGCUAGUAUUGUUGUAGAAGCUCCAGCGUUGAAGGUUUGUAAUGUAAAUACUAGCGGUAUUGACAAAAAUUGAAGCAGCUUACACUUAGAAAUUCAUUGUAAUUGAUCUGUCCGUCCAUAUCACUGUCAGUUUGUUCAAAGGCCACACGUCUUGUGUCUUUUGAACUGUCAUCUCCAAAGCUUUCCACCAAUGAGCAACUGGAAACAAGAGAAUUAAAUGUCAAUUGGAAUUGUAGCAGAAUUUAAUAGACAAUAGAUUGAAUGCUACAAAGGCUAUAAAGGUUGAACCUAUUAUAGAGUACAUAAUAAUCAUGGUAGCAUAACAGCUUGAUAUCUCUGAAUGUACAAGGAUAAUUUGACAAUAGGUUUGAUUGGUUUGUCGGGAUAGGUUUGAUCAUAGAAAAACAAUAGUGUAAGUAGAUAUCCCAUGGUAUAGGGCGUUUAUGUCGCAAAUUUUACUGUUAUCUCAAGCCGAUUACUGUUGAUUAUUGUCGAUUUUUACUGUUUUGACCGGGUAAGAGUGUAUGAACGGCACAAUAUGAGACUACCAGCGUCAUAAAGCUUCACGGAAAAGAACUACGUGGACUAUCGGCUUGAGAUAACAGUAAAAGUUGCGACAUAAACGCCCUAUACCAUGAGAUAUCUACUUAUGCUAUUGUUUCUCUAUGGUUUGAUUUAUCAAUUCUAAAUGAUAGAUCCAAGAUAAUGGACCAAAAUUUUGAAGCCACAGAGAAGUAUUUUUUCCAAUUCAAAUAGGAUCCCAAUCAAACCUUCCAAUUCAAAGAAAAUGAAUUUGGAUUCAAAAUCGCGAAUCCAAGAAGGUAGACCAAAAUUCAGAAAGCCACAAAAAAUUAGUAUUUUCAUUCAAAUAGUACAUCCCCAAACAAACCCAUUGUCAAAUAAUUAUCCUUGAUUUUUGACAGCUUCAAAAAUUGUGAUUCAUAAUACUGACAA